AUGACCCAUCUCAGUUGUAUCAUUCCCUCGGAAGUCGGGAAAGGCAUUUCAAUCUGGAAUUUCGUGAAAAUCUGGGGCCCCGGAUGCGGAGAAGAUGAAGAGAUCUUGAUCACUACAAAUACACGGCCAACGCUCUCCCGAUAUCCCAAGUCCAAAUGCAAUUCCACAACUCGAUUGAACAACGUGGGCUUCCUCGCAACUACCGUAGCUCUUGUAGCUGCCCAGGGCGGCUUUGUAUACGGUCUUGAUUCAGGCAUCAUUGCGACGACCUUCGGUCAUGAUAGCUUUAAAGUCGCCAUUUACGGACCUUCCAUGGUCAACACCACGUAUCAAGGAGCUAUUGUCUCUGUAUACAACGCGGGGCAGGCCAUUGGUGGCUUGACCACUGGAUAUGUCGCUGAUAAACUCAGUCGAAAAUACACGAUCCUGAUCGCGUCUAUCCUGACAAUUAUUGGGGCGGUGCUCCAGUGCGCUGCUGUCAACAUCGGCAUGAUGAUUACGGGUCGUCUCGUAGCCGGUAUCGGCUGUGGCCAGAUCCUCUCAGUCGUUCCCAUCUACCUCGCCGAAGUUUCAAAGCCCGGCCAGCGCGGCUUCCUAGUCGGUCUCCAAGGAAUGAUGAUUGCGAUUGGCUUCGGCGUUGCUAACUGGAUCGGAUACGCUGGCGCCUUUGCUAAAGGAGACGGACAGUGGAGGAUCCCUCUUGCUAUGCAGCUACCUAUCCCAGUUUUGCUUGUCGUCAUGAUAUUUUUCGUCCCCUUCUCCCCACGUCGGUUGGUUCUCAAAGAUCGGACGCAGAUCCAGCUUGAAAGGGAUCAAGGUAACCUGAACUGGUUCACAGCCUUUGGACUAAUGUUUUCACGCAAGUACGUUCGCCGGACUUUAACGGCGUCGUUCAUCGUGACUAUAAGCCAGCUCUCGGGAUCAUCCGUCAUCCAGAAUUUCCAAAGCGUCUUCUACCAAACAGUCGGCUUCACCGGACGUACUUCUCUCCUGAUCAGCGGUGUUUAUGGCAUGAUGGGAAUCAUAGGUCAAGUCGUCUACCUCGUCUUUGUCGCCGAUAAAAUGCCCCGGACUCGCACCCUCUGGUGUGGAUCUAUUGUGCUUUGUGUGAUGAUUUCUAUCUGCAAGGCUCUCAGCGCCGAAUUUGGAUCUUCAAACAACGAGAACCAGGCUGGUGCAAGAGGUGCCAUUGCAUCUAUCUUCCUCUACUCUAUGAGCUAUGCUAUCUUCUUCAAUGCCAUGAUCUGGGUAGUUCCUUCAGAGCUCUUCCCUUUCUCCUUGAGGACUAAGGGUAUAGCACUGGCUGUGGCGACCAAAGCGAUAGUGGCUAUCGUUUUAUCUCAGAUAACGCCAUUGGCCAUUGCUAACGUCGGUUGGCGAUACUAUUCACUUUUCAUUUCAUCUAAUGCCGCUGCCGCAGUGUUCUACUUCUUCAUCCUACCCGAAACUGGGAGUAGUGUCGACUAG